AUGAACGCCAUCCAGCAAAAGUGUCGCCCCAAGCACCAGGUCCUGGUCCUCAAGUGCUAUCCCCGGACCACCAAGGGCGCCGUCGACAUCAAGCCGAACAGCAGCGAGCUCAGCUACCUGCUGUACUAUGCCACCAGUCGCCGCUCCAAGAUCCAGAAGAUUGGCGCUUUUCUCGAGAAGAAGACGGCCAGUGAUGUCUGGCGCCUGCGCUUUGGAAAUGUUCAGGUGACCUUACAGAUCCUCGCUGCACUCAUCGAAAAACUCCACAAAGAUGUCGUCCUCAUCGCUCCCUACGUCCUCAAGGUCCUUGAUACCGUCCUCCGCUCCGAAGAUAUUACCAUGAUCGAGUCGUCCCUGCCCACCUUCGAGGCCUUUUGCGAAUACCACGAUGGCACCCAACUCUCCGCCGAUCAAAAUUACCUCCGCCAGUACGAAGACAUUGUUCGGCUCUACACCCAGCUCGCCUCGCCCCUUCACACCCCAGGAAAAGCUGCCGUCAGCAAUCCCGUUCAGAUGCGCUGGAGGAAUGCCGGCCUCGAGGCAAUUCGCAGCAUCUCUGCCGCCGACGCACUCUCGUCAAUUACAGGCCGCCAGAUGGAUGUCAUUGUCCCCCGAAUUCUUGAAAACCUGUGGUCCGACAACGAUGAUUUCCUGGAUGUGUUGCAACAGCGGGUCGAGGGAGUAGAGAAAAGUGAGCCUGAGAAGCUGAUCAAGAGAAGGACUAGUGUUGCCACGGUUGACACCGCUGGGGAUACGAACCCCCUUGCCAUGACUGGAACUGCCCUUGAUGUCGACAAGCUUGCGGAGGAGGACAUUGGGGUCCUGGCUAUGGAGUGCCUCAAGAGCAUUUUCGUGGUUCCAAACCGCUCCCAGAUUCACGGCGCCACCCUCUCGCUGUUGAGAUUCAUCCUCGAGCGUGUGAGCCAGGGCGAUUCUGUCGUCACUCUCCACGAUGACCGAGAGCGCGACAGUGGCUGGGCCAUCUCCAUCUACAACAUCAUUUCGCGAUGGGCUCCUGUGCAAGACCGCUACGUUAUCCUAGUCGCUGCCUUGGACACUCUCCUCCGAAUCCCGAUUCAGGACGAGACCAUAGAUCAGCAGGUGGCUCUCACGACCAUGAUGAGCUCUCUGCUGCGAUCCGAUGUGAAUCUGAUUGGACUUAGUGUCAUGGAUGUCCUCCUCGGACUGAUUAAGCAGAUGCGAAAGCUAUUCAAGCUACGGAGCCCGACUACCCAAAGCGACGACGGAACGAGCGCCACCGACGGUGAGCAGGGCAUGCACCUGCACAGCAAGCAUCUCCUGGGGCGACUCGAAUUAUGCAUCGGGGACCUCGCCACCCACGUCUAUUAUGCAGACCAGAUUUCCGACAUGAUUGUCGCCGUCAUAAUCCGCCUGAAACCGAGCCGAUCCUCAAGCACAAACUCGUCCCCCGGAGAGAAGACAGCACCAACCAACGACGGCCCUGCCGCCUCAACAGUCGAAUUGGCAGAGAGCCAAUCACAGCUUGACCAUUACUUUUCCCUUAAUGCUGGGAGAGCUUCGGCGCUUAAAGUUGUAAAGGCUAUUCUCUUGGUUGCCAACCCCCAGAAGAAGCUCACUGGCAACCGGGCCCUCUCCCGAAACCCGGUUCCUCUGCAUGUUUGGGAAGGUACCCAUUGGCUUCUGCGCGAUCCUGAUGGAUAUGUCAGGAAAGCGUACAUGGAUGCCCUGGUGACAUGGCUGGACCGUGAGACGACUAUUGCUGAUGAAAAGGCGAAAGACGAAACCCUACCACGCCCUCGCUCCUCCGUCAAGGUUAGCCGGGACCUGACGAGCUCCACUGCCCGCCGUGUAGUCUCCAGCGCCUCCAACCGGGACCGAAGUUCGAGAACAGCACCGUCGCAGUUCCUGCCACUGCUGCAUCUGGUUAUAUAUGAUAACGCGCUACAGUUUGUCGAGUACGAAAACGACCUGGUCAUGCUCCACAUCCUUCUCACCAAGCUCGUCUUUAAGCUUGGAGUGAACUCCAUCAGGCACGGUGUGCCAAUGAUCUAUCGACUCCAGGAGGAGAUCCAGGAUAUCGACACACCCAUCCACAAAGUGCGAGUGGCCGCCCUGUGCCAUGGGUACUUCUGGGCACUGACGGAGAAGUUCGACUUUGAGGCGUCUGUCGUGGGCAGGGCCAUCCAGAAUGAAGUGGUGCGACGCCGAAGCAAGGGAUUCUGGGUCGAAGGAAUCAAUAUUCCCCCACCUGCCACCGAUCUCGUCGGAAACCCGGGUGAGGUGCGAUCACAGCCUCACUGGGACGUCACCGCCCUGGAAAGAGAAGAGCUGCUACCGUUCGAUGACAGGAGCUCUCUGGUUGAGUCUAUCGCCGCGUGCUAUCAGGAUAGUUUCCGGACACCUCCCGGCAGUCCCAUGUCUCCUAACCGCGGGUUCUCGGGCCCGAUCCUGGGAUCAACCAUAAACACAGCUUCUACGCCCGAUCCCGAAUCGGAGUUGCCGCCUGUUUUCCGCGAGCAAAUGCUGACAGACUGGUCCAGAGAUGCGGCCGUCGCCAUGCUGGCGUCGGCUGGCAAAUCGGAAUCAUUGUCGGGUUCCAAGACUGGAACGUCGCUUACGAACCGGGCCCACCUCACGGUCAACACAACCGGUGUGAAUGGCAACGGCAACGGCCUGAUUUCUCCGUACGGAAGUCAGUUCAACCUGAUGCCGUCCCAGAACCAGGACCGAGAAGGAACCGCCAAGCCAAGGAAGGGCAGCAUGCGAAGUGCCAUUUCCCCAUCUCUGUCGACGUCUAGCCGCGGAGCCGUUGCAUCGGUGGACCAGUUGAAGCAAGUCUUGUCGGGGAACCCUCCUCCCAAGACUGCUGGCCUUGCCGGUGCGGACGACGACAGCGGGGAAAGCAUGGUCAGCUACGACUACAGUCCUUCAGAGAUCAGCUUUAACCCACCUGCACAGGCCGAGCAGGCGAUCAGUCCAACCAGUGGUCCCAAGCGGUCUAACUCGGUGGGACGCCGAGGGCCCCUGAGCGCACACCCUCCCCUCGAGGGACCACCGGACCUGCACGACGAACUCGAAGACGAUGAUGGAGCGGUACCCCCGGUCCCACCACUGCCAAACGUUGGCCUAUUGGGCGGUAAGAAGAGCCCAAUCCACAUGGCGGAAGUGUCCUUCCAGGACCAGGCCAUCAAGUCCGGACGGCGCAGUCUCCGCAGCCGAGGCGGAGACAGUACUCUUCCACGAUCCGUUCCGUCCCAACAGGAUAGCGGAAAGGGUAUGGACCUUCAGGAUCUCCUCCGAGGUAUCGAUAGCCGAUCGGGCGAGGGAAGCUUGGGCAACGUGAUGAGACCGCCUUACUAG